AUUCUAAGAGAAACAAUCAGACAUAAGUGAGCUAGAAGAGCCUAACUUGGCCCUGUUCCUUUUCUUUUCCAUGAACAGGUACGAAACAACAGCUACAGAACACCAACAUUUUCAUUAAGUGCAUGAUGGAGAGAAGCCACCUUUCUCUUAUGGAGAACCGAAAGCAAAACGCCAGAGAACUCCGGAAUGUCACAUUCUACGAUGACGCGCCUGCUUAUUUAAGCUUCCAUGAACCGGUUCUUCAGAGCCUCAUAAUCUUUAUUUGCACAGCUGGCCUGGUGGAGGCAGGGUUUUUCAUCUGGAGCCUUGGCUUCUGCCUCAAGAAAGUUAAUAUGGUGACCACCUACUUCCUCAACUUGGCUGUCGCUGAAUUUGGCCUGUUUGCAUUUUUACUUGUGUUGGCUGCUCUUUCUAUUGCCAACUAUGCACCUGAAUUAAAGAUGCCAGCUAUUUACCUCCUCCUCUUUGCCUACACAGCAGCCAUCUACUUCCUAACAGUCAUCAGUGUGGAAAGGUGUCUAGGUGUGUUGUUUCCUAUUUGGAACCGAACUAAGAGACCAACGCGCACUUCCAUCAUCCUUUCAUUCCUGGUCUGGUCCACUGCAGGCUUCUUAUCAGGAAUAACAAUGUGUUUUCACUAUGUUUGGUCAUACCGCCAUUCUGUCACAAUGAUCAGGAUCAUCAGCAGUGGGAACGUCCUUAUCCUCACUCCUCUUGUGGUUGUCUCUUCGUUGAUCUCGUUUAUCGACAACUUCUCCCGAAAACCUCUGCCAAGAAUGUUGCGCACGAAUCAGUCUCUCCGACUCAUUUUCUUCAUCUUUUUUGCUAUGCCACUUAGCUUCUUCUACUUCAUGGACUGGCUAGGCUAUACUUUCCCUGCUAUGUUCAUGUGGAUUUCUUUCCUCCUUAUCUCUUUAAACAGCACCAUGAAUCCUCUAAUUCACUAUGUCCUGGGAGGCCAAUGGAAGCGUUGGAAAUCAGGGAGAACCUGAAGGUUACAUUCAAAGAUAUGUUGAAGAAGAAGGUAGAUUCCGGAUUGUAAACUAGAUUUCUAAAUGGCAUUCUAGGAAAUUUCUCUGAAUGUACUCAGGUACAUCUAAAGGUCGGUUUGUUUAUUUGUCUAAAUAAAUGUAAACUGGUUUUCAGCUCCAGUUCUACCCAAAGAGAGAAGCAAAAUAAAAGCACAAAUCUAUCAAUAAAAUGAUACAAUAUGAUAGUAAAACUUUGACAUACAAAAUGAAAAUGUUUACCUAUUUGAUUUGAUUUCUUCUGACUUCUUAGAAGUGAGACUCUGCAGAAAUAUGACUUUGCAUAGACACAUCAAAAAUAUAAUUACAAAAUCUGUGUGCUAAAAUCAAUAAUAAAUUGAUGCAUAAAUUGUAAUAUAUUGCUGAAAAGGUUUAAGCUGAAGCAAAAAAAAGUAAUUCAAUAUAGCUUUCUAUUUACAGUACUUUUCGGGAGGAAGAACGACUUCUGUUUUCUUCCACAAUCAUUAUCUCCAUUUUAAUCAUUCUCAUGAUAUUUUCUAUUGUUGCUGCAGUACAAUAAAAUUUUAAAAACUGUUGGCAAACUGAUUGAGUCUACAACUUGUUGUGCCGUUUGAUUAUGCACUACUCUAUCUGUAAGCCUAGGAUCACCGGUGUGGUGUAGUGGAUAGAGCAAUGGACUAGGACUCAGCA